AUGGAUCCCAAACCUGAGCCCUCGACAGGCGUCAUGUCGGUGCCGCGCCAGUCGCCCAGUGCACAUCCGGGGCCCGGUGUCCAGAGUCUCAGCGCAGCGGGCGACUCAGGCACCAUGAGCCAGGACACCGAGGUCGACAUGAAGGAGGUGGAGCUGAACGAGCUAGAACCCGAGAAGCAGCCGAUGAACGCGGCGUCGGGGGCGGCUUUGGUGGUGGCGGCCGGCGCCGAGAAGAACGGUCUGGUGAAGAUCAAGGUGGCCGAGGACGAGGCGGAGGCGGAGGCCGCGGCCAAAUUCACGGGCCUGUCCAAGGAGGAGCUGCUGAAGGUGGCGGGCAGCCCCGGCUGGGUGCGCACCCGCUGGGCCCUGCUGCUGCUCUUCUGGCUCGGCUGGCUCGGCAUGCUGGCCGGCGCCGUGGUCAUCAUCGUGCGGGCGCCGCGCUGUCGCGAGCUGCCAGUACAGAGGUGGUGGCACAAGGGCGCCCUCUACCGCAUCGGCGACCUGCAGGCCUUCCAGGGCCGCGACGCCCGCGGCCUGGCUGGUCUGAAGGGGCAUCUGGAUUACCUGAGCACUCUGAAGGUGAAGGGCCUUGUGCUGGGCCCAAUUCACCAGAACCAGAAGGAUGAUGUCGCCAGGACCAACUUGGUACAGAUCGACCCCACUCUUGGUUCCAAAGAAGAUUUUGACAGUUUCCUGCAGUCUGCCAAGAAAAAGAGCAUCCAAGUCGUUUUGGACCUUACUCCCAACUACCGGGGUCAGAACUCGUGGUUCCACCCCACUCAGGUUGACACUGUGGCCACCAAGAUGAAGGAUGCUCUGAGUUUUUGGCUGCAGGCUGGAGUGGAUGGGUUCCAGGUUCGGGAUGUGGAGAAUCUGACGGAUACAGUCUCAUUUUUGGCUGAGUGGCAGAACAUCACAAAGAGCUUCAGUGAAGAUAAGCUCUUGAUUGCAGGGACUGACUCCUCCAACCUUCAGCAGAUCCUGAGUCUACUUGAAUCCACCAAGGACCUGCUAUUGACCAGCUCAUACCUGUCAAACACCGGUUUCAUUGGGGAGCAUACAAAAUUACUAGUCACCCAGUAUUUGAAUGCCACUGACAGUCACUGGUGCAGCUGGAGUUUGUCUCAGGCGGGCCUCCUGACUUCCUUCGUGCCAACUCGACUCCUCCGACUCUACCAGAUGCUGUUUUUCACCCUGCCGGGUACCCCAGUUUUCAGUUAUGGGGAUGAGAUUGGCCUGGAAGCAGCUUCCCUUCCUGGACAGCCUGAAGAGGCCCCGAUCAUGCUGUGGGAUGAAUUCAUCUUCUCCAACACCUCGGGGCUCAUAAGUGCCAACAUGACUGUGAAGGGACAGAAUGAAGACCCUGGCUCCCUCCUCUCCCUGUUCCGGAGAUUGAGUGAACAGCGGGGUAAGGAGCGCUCCCUGCUACAUGGGGACUUCCACGCUCUCUCCUCCACACCGGGCCUCUUCUCCUACGUCCGCCACUGGGACCAGAAUGAGCGUUUCCUGGUAGUGCUCAACUUCGGGGAUAAGGGCCUUUCAGCUGGACUGAGGGCCUCCAACCUGCCUGCCAGUGCCAGCCUGCCAGCCAGGGCUGACCUCCUGCUCAGCACCCAGCCAGGCCGUGAAGAGGGCUCCUCCCUUGAGCUGGAACACCUGAGCCUGGAACCUCACGAGGGGCUGUUGCUCCGCUUCCCCUACGUGGCUUGACCAGUACCCGCUGCCCUUCCCUGCCCCUCCCCAGGCCCUUUGGCUUCUGGUUUUUCCCUUUUUUUCUUUAUUUUUUAAAAACUGUCACAGAUUAUAGAUGAACCUCCAAAUAGAGUGUUUUUUACCUUCAAAUAAAAGUCACUCCUGCCUGGUAA